UCACCGCCGAAGACAUCUGUAGACCAAAGCCAUGAGCGACAAGAGAGACGAUAAUAUAUGUGUGGUUUGCCGUCACGAGUAUACCUCUGGCAGUGGCGGACCCGGAGGUGGCGGCGGAGGCGGUGGUGGACACAAGAAGUGGAUCUUCGCGAUCGGCCGAUGCGAUCAUUGGGUGUGUUAUGAGUGCUGCACUCGGAUGCGAGUUCUUUGCCAACAGAACGAGUGUCCCAUUUGUAGGCAACAGUUGAAUGAGGUGGUCUUCACGGCAGACAAGCAGAAGAAGUUCGACGAGUUUGAUCUGAAGAAGUGUUUGUAUCACAACAAUCACGGCAUUCAUUUCGAGGACGACUUGGCGCUCGAGUCGUACGGCAAACUUCUGGAGCACCCGUGCCGUAAGUGCCGCGGCAGACAACCGCUGAAGUCGUUGCACGACUUGAACACUCAUCUCAGGAAAGAACACGACCUCCACUUGUGUGACCUCUGCGUCAAGAAUCUGAAACUCUUCACCCAUGAGAUCAAGUACUACACGCGCAAAGAGCUCGUCCGGCACAGGAAAUCGGGUGAUCCGGACGAGCGGUCACACAGAGGUCACCCGAUCUGUACGUUUUGCGACGAGCGGUACGUCGACGACGACGACCUUCACCUCCAUCUGCGUCGCGAACACUUCUACUGCCACUUCUGC